GGCCCUCGCAGUCUCACUCCCUCCCCCAGUUUUCCUCCUCCUCCUCUCCUUUGCGCACCAGGCGCUCCCACCCUCGGCUCUUCUAUUCGCUCACUGCGCUCUCAUCCUCGGUGCGGCUUGAGCCUCUGCCUACUCCUGUGCGUAAUAGCGCACAGAUGGAUAGCCUAUGUAAAGUGAUGCACCCCUGAAUACGCGAAAUCUGAGCCUGCACCAUCCUUCGUGGAGAGACCUUUUUAGAUGCGCAGCAGAGAGCGCGCUUUUGGAAACAAUUAGGUUAAAUCAAGUUCACUUCGGCAAAGAUUGUUUUUUAUUCUGCGCAUUUUUUUCUUUGCUUGAUUGUUUAUUUAUUUGGAUGAUGGUAUAUUAGGAAAGAUGUUCAUCGGCGCGGAUGACGUUGUGUUGCUAUUCGGAUGUAUGUUUCUGGACUUUCCAGCAUAUCAUGACUGUGCGCCUUUUCCCCUCUCCCCAAGUCUUUUCGUUUCCGCGUGAAGUUGAACGGAGGAGAAAGCACAAUGAGAGGCAAAUACUUUCUCCUCGGCUUCUUGUUGCUCAAACUUAUGGCUCUCGUGUGUAAGGCUGACGGGGAGCCGGGACUGCUCGGGGGAUUCGUGAUGAUCGCCACCUCCAACGGCUCCAGGGAGGAGGAGAGCGUGUCCGAGGAGACCCCGCACACGGAGGACAAAUGUCGGGGCUACUACGACGUGAUGGGCCAGUGGGACCCGCCGUUCAUCUGCAAAACGGGCAAUUAUCUGUACUGCUGCGGCACCUGUGGCUUCCGUUUCUGUUGCUCCUACAAGCACUCGCGGUUGGACCAGAGCACCUGUAAAAAUUAUGACACUCCGGUGUGGAUGAAGACGGGGCAGACGCCGUACAAAAAAAUGAACAAGAUUGCCGACAGAACCAAAGACAAGACGAACUUAAUUGUUUACAUCAUUUGUGGAGUAGUGGCCAUUAUGGCUCUUGUGGGGAUUUUCACUAAAUUGGGACUGGAAAAGGCGCACCGACCCCAAAGAGAGAACAUGUCCAGGGCCGUCGCCAGUGUGCUGCAGGGCGGGUGUCCAGGUGAGCAGUAUCGGGGGGAGGAGGCCCUUGGGAUGCACUCCCAGCACUAUGUUUCCAGGGCCACAAACCUGCAGGGUGGUCAGAUUAACAACAACGUGGGACCGGGCUCAAACAUGGGACAGCAGCACCCUUACCCCGCCCUCAGCCAGCUGGCUCAUGUGUACGAACAGCAGCAGCAACAGCAGCAGCAGCAGCAGCAACAGCAGCAAAACAAGGAUCUCAACAAGUACGCCUCCCUGAAGGCUGUAGCUGCCAAAUAUAAUGGUGAACUCUACAACAAACGUCGACUGAUGGUAGAACUGCCAACGAAAGGUGGCCUUCCUCUCCAGCCCAUGGGAAACUCCAGACCCUCCAUGGGCAACAUAUCGUCAAUGACUCCUCCAAUGACCGCCAACCCCAUGGCUUCAAACCCUAUGACCUCCAAUCACAUGAACCCCACCAUCACCCAGAUGACGUCAAUGUCCCAAAUGACCUCCAUGACACCCAUGACUUCCAUGACACCCAUGACUUCUCUCACCCAGAUGACCUCCAUGACUCCUAUGACCUCCCUGGGUCCACUGACUCCAGAGCCAGUGGCCACCUAUGUCACUGAGAUGCCCAGUAUCUCCUCUGUCUCAACGCUCCCAACAGAACGGCACAUAGCAGGUGGAGGAGGGGGGGGACUAAAGCCAAAUGGCCAGAAACCCAAAAGCAGCCACAGUCACGCUGCCCACAGCUCUCACAGCUCUCACACUCAUGCUCAUAGCCACAGUAGCAAGCAGCACGGACUUGGAGCUACCUCCCUGGCACACAUGGUGGGGACCAUGCCAGGUGGCACAUCCCUGGGCCUCUCCAGGGCCGCCGAGACCACCAUUGGCCCAGGCUCAGCUACAAUGGGCCGCCCAUUGGCAUACAGUUCCAACACAAUUGCAGCUGGGCAUGGGAUGGGGCUGGGGCUAAAAGGCUGGGACGGGACUGAGACGGUGGGCCGGAGAAAGACCUACGGGCACAAGAGGCCUCAGUGUACUGUGCUGGAGCCGAAUCAGCUCCACAGCACCAGAGGCCACAGCCACAGUCAACACUUCCUCCCCACACAGCCCUACUUUGUGACCAACAGCAAGACAGAGGUGACUGUGUGAGAGAGGAGGCGAAGCAGAAAAAAGAGGGGGAAAAGGAUGCAUGUGGAGUGGUGGCACAAAUAUUCUCUGAGCGGAGACGCCGACUCCUGGGUGUCCAAAGGUGCAAACGUACAUGUGUGUUCGUGUGAAGAAGCUGAGGCUUGUUGGUAUAUCGUGUCUGAGUGGUCCUCGUUUCACAAAGAGUUCACCAAUCAAAUCACUCAACAGACCUUUGUUGUCCAAAGGAUGCUGUGCAAGUUGGUGCCGUGUGUAACCAUAUCGAGAACCUUACAGAGCAGGGAUGUCUGUAUACUUGUGAUGAUAUCAGAGUGUUGUCUACACAGCUAAUUUUCUCUGUAAUGGUAACAAUAUCUGAGAAUAUGGUGUGACACAGAUGUUACUGAGGGACACUGAUGAUAAUUAAAUGGAUUGGCUUUACGAACCAAACCUGAGAAGCAAUAUAAGGGAUCAAGUGUAAUGCACUGAAGCAUCGUGGGAAGAGAAACAGCAGAUUUUAUCCACAAACCUUGCAACGAGAAAGUGCGCUCAUCUGCCCAGCACAGCAUUGAAUGGUUUGGAAGAUACUGCAUUCCGUCAUGAUUCAUACUCAAAUCUCCUGAGGGCUUUGAAGCAGACACACAUGAUGAGGGUGCUGGGCUUUGGACUGCAGACAUACAGGGCUUUGUACUUUGGCUAUUCAGAAGCGCCUUCAGAAGCUCCGCGGCUGAAGGUCGCCCUUUUCCACACGGCUCCUGCACAGAGAAUGGAGGCUGUCGCACCGUCAUUGUUUUGUUCUGAUCUCCUCUGUGUGGUGACAGCUGGCCCAGAGGAUGGAUAAGGGGGCCUGGAGGCUGCAUCUGGGUGAUGCCGCAGCUAGCAGAGGUUCCUCGGAGCAUUGUGCUCAUGCACACACGUUCAGAAACACACACAAGCAGACGCAUUUUCACAAGCAGAUAACCAAGGUCUGACACAAAAAGAAUGACGCAGAUUUGUUUGCUUUCCGAACAUAUUGUCCAGCACUUUUCCGAGAUCUUCAGUUUAGAUCAUCAAAGUAUUAAAACGCUCUCACAAGGUUAAGCUUAUACUCCUAGAAAUGGCAGCUUUGUCAGAAUAACUGACUCUAUUUAUUCGAAAACCAUUUACACAAUUUAAAAUAAGGUAUGUGACACGUGUUGCUGUAGAUGAGAGGCCACUCCUAUGUCUAGACUUUUGAACCAACACUGGAAACAGGAACAAAACAGUACGUUUCUGUGCAAUAAUACAAUCGUGAAAACUGCCUGCACCCACCUCAAAAUGCCAGAGAUUAACACUUAAUAUCUCAUUUAUUUAAGCUGAACAAAAACCCAAGUGUAAAAAGGACAUCCUGUGGUUCUGAGGGGGGCUUACAUGCCAGACUGUGAAGUAACUUCACACCACGUUGCCAGGCAACAAAACAGUUGAACUACUCCUCUAAAGGGCCAAAUAAAAUGUUCAAGAAAUAAAGCUGUGGGCUUCGAUCAUGCUGGCAAUGGGCAAAUAAUUUAUUCCAUUCAAAUUAUAUUAUUGAUCAAGGUGAAUACCAACAGCACAUGUAAAACAUGUGCGACAAUGCACCUCGUAUUUUAUUCUGUGGACCAAAUGUCAGUUUUACAUUAAUAAUACAUUGUUUCUGCGCAGAUUUUGAACUUUCUAUUUAUUUAUUAUUUCUUGGGUUUAUGACAGAAACUACUGUGAAAAGUGGAUGUUUCUUUCUUUGUCUUUUCUACUUUUCUUUACGUCUUGUUUUUGUGCUGGUAAGACACUGCCAACCUAAACUAGGCUCGAUUUGAUCACUCACUGUACUCAAGGUGUAUCUAAAAAAAACAACAACAACAACAAAAAAACAGCACAAGCAGCUGGAAAUAUCUAUCUGGGUUACAUGGCUCACACAUAAAAAUAAAUUCUGACAAAUAGGCCAAAUUUUUCAAGGGUUUCUCUAUGCCCAUCUAUUUUUCUCUUAAAUGUGAGAUGUGUUAUCAUUUAUUUGACCUUGCGAUCUGAAGUGCUGCCUCCACGGUUAUUAACCGAGCACUGAGAUGCUUUUUUUUGUGUGAUCUGAUUGUGUUAAAAAUGUUUAAAUUUGUGUGUAGACUCAACCGAAACACAGACAGGUGAUGAGUGGCUCAGACAGUAUCGCUCUGACAAACAUGGAUCGUGGGGACAUUUGUGGAUAAAUAAAUUUAAAAAAAGAAAGGAAAAACAAACAAAAAAAAAAAACGGUGUUAAUAACCCAUUUUAAAGCAUUACGAAGAAUAUGAGAGGAAGAGGUGCACAUGACAAUCUGCUGAGAAAGUAUUACAAAGAGUCACAGUGUGUAUAUCAGAGACACAUUUUAUUGCCAGCGCCAGCAGAGCUAACGCGGUUUGGGCUCGUUUUGGAUCCAGACCGCUCGUAGAUAUGAGGGGCACCUAAUACUCCAGUUCCCAAAUCAAAAGCUAGAUGAAACAAGUGAGCCAGCUGAGCGUCUGAUAAGGGGCUCCGUAAGGGGGGGACACUUUGUACCGCACGCUGUGAAACCCCUGCCACCUUGAGGGUCGCAUGACUGGAAACCUGACGCCGAUAUUCAAGGCAUGGAACGGGAUUUAGGAAGUUGUCAGAGCGUUAAAGUGUGUCACCUACACACCCGAACCUAACACGCACACUCACUCACGCGCACGGGACAUAACACAGAGCGGACUCUGCUUUUUCUUGUGCUCCCACAGUGGCGAGCGGCAGGCUUCAUCACGGCAGACAGACAAAGAGUCAGUGCUGUCACUGCGCCUGUUGUACAUGAAAGACUGUGAAACUCCAGAUCUUGGCCCUUUGUAGCGAUAACCGAUAAUAUGCUUUUUAUAUAUGUAUAUCUAUAUAUAAAUAUACAUAGCCUUUCUCUUUCUUUUUAUCCUUUUAUCUCCUACACUUCUUUUCACUGCUUUCUUCUCCGCUGAUCCCUCGUUGCCUGAAUGGAAGACGUUCAGAGCAGAGGAUAUCGAGAGAGGCGAAAAACGGGGCUGUGAUGAAUCUUUUCUGUGACAGUGCGAAGAACAGUCAUGACGAGGCAGUGACUAAUCACAAUUCACCCCCACCUUGAAAGGAACGACUGGUUUGGUCUGUGAGCCCGAAAAAUAUUUCAGUUUGCAAUUUUGUACCACUGUGUCCUCUUGAACACUGCGGCAUUUCACUGUUUAUAGAUUGUGUGUGUUUGUGUGCGAGUCCAACCUUUGUAUAUGAUUAUUGUCUCUGGAGAAGUCAAAACAACGAACCAGACAAAGUCAAUCAUAUCUAAAUGGGAUUCUCGAUCCCAUAAAACCUAUUUGCAUCCGAGGAGAAUCCUUCGCAGAUUCUGUCCUUUUUUUUUGUGCUUUUCAUAUUUCUUUUCUCUUUUUCCUGAUAGAUCGCUGUUUUGUUGAGUUGAAAAGCAGGUCAGUGUUUGCUGGGUGUGCAUUAUCAGAACCAAUUGACUUAAUCCAGCAAGGCGGAAAUGUGGAAGUAUGCCGCCCCCAUGCCGCCCCAUUCCUAAAGCGUGUUGAGCUCUGCAAAAGCAGCCACCGGAACGAUUGGUAAGCAGGCAUGGCAGUGGAAACAGUUGGCAAAUAAACCCAAAAAAAGAAAAAAAGAAAAAGAAAAAAACAAACACCCUCAUCACUCACCGUAACAGCCAAAAUAAACCUGAUAGAAAGCGGGGAAUCGGUUGCGUAGGGUGGGUCGCGCUUGAUAGGGUCAGGAUCACAGAUGAGUGGGUUCAGGGGGCAGUCAUGUGUGACAUUUUUCAUCAGACGAGUCAGUCGGACAAAAAAUGCCACGGCGGAGACAAAAGGACGCGGAUAGUUUGGAGGCUCAAACUCGGUUCAGUUACAGAGGAAUCAGCAGUAGGUACUCCGGAGCAGUGAGUUUUUAUCAUUUAUUGAAAAGACAAUUUGGGAAAGUGGUGAUACUCACUAUCAGUAUUAGCAUAACAAACAUUAAUGCUCUUUACAUAUAAAUGAGCUGCACAUUCAAGCCCUUGCCAAACAAGUUGCACAGAAUGCAUAUUAAGAUCAUCAGCGGCAGGAAAAUAUCUCUGUAUAUCACAGUGUUUUUCUGGUGUUAAAGGCAACUUUCUGGCACACGGGUAGCCGAUUAGUUUUUACUUCAACCAGAGCUGAAAAGUGGAGCAACAAAAAAAGCAGUAGAUCAUAGCAACUACAAGCUUGGUAGAGUCAAUGGCAGCAAAUCAAAAGUUACAAAUGUAACCCGGGUUCCAUGAAUUCUCUGUCUUUGCCAGUCACAAGGAAUGAAAUAGAACCUGGGAGCUGUCCAUAAAAAGUUGUUGAUGUUCCAGAUUAAAAGAGAGGAAGGUUUACAGGGUAAAAAAAAAAAAAAAAGUGAAGAGAACCGAUUGAUUAGCAUGGUUGGAGCUGUGUCCUGGGGACUGAGGGGCUAUAGACUGUAGAUAUGCAGUUUACCAUAUGCUUGCAUCAGCAGUGUUGGUGUUAUUACGCUAACUGCCAGAAGACGGCUAAUUAACCACGUUGCACCAUUAACUUUUAUUUGAACUUGGAAUAAAAACAGCUUUGCAAAGGAUGAAACAUAUACAGAAAGUUACAGCUCACAAGAUUGAUCGUGAAACAUUUUGCCCAUUUAAUAACUCUCUGUUGAAUUGGUGCACAACCCUAAGAAAAACACUCCUACAUGGACAAAGCAUAACAAGUGGCGCUAUUUUGAUUGUCCGCCUCUAUCAUGUUCCUGGCUGGCUACCUAGCUAAGACCGUUCGGUGCGAACUCAUUACUCCAAACUAUCUCGGACCAGAUUGCCCCAAGGGUAUACUGCCUGCCAUCAAGUCCCGGCUGAGGUGCAAGUGAGCUAAUUAUAGCAAUCAGACCCAAGUUACAGGGUGCUGUGGUUCAGCGGUACAUUGAUCAGCGGCAGAGGCAGGAGCAGGAAUCAGGGCCGGUCAAGCAUGCAGCCUUAGGUUAUGUGGUGUUUGCGCUUGUGCUGAAUACGCUUUGGCCUUGUGACCUAGAGUUAAUAAUAAUAAUAAUGUUUUUGGAUACAAUAUUGUGUCUGAAUUACCAAACGGGGCCACAAUAGAGACAAAUUAAUGUCAUCACUGUUGUCGUCACUUAAUCUAAUCAGACUAAAUUCCGUUGUCUGGCAUGGACGCUUUGUAUUAGAAAGUAACGAACUCAAAGAUAAAGAGCAGCACUCUCUUCUAAGAACUCAAUGCCUUGGAUUUUUCUUUUUUUAUAUACAUUUUUUCUAGUGUACUUUCCUAUAAAACGUUGCAGACCGGCCAGCUUGGUAGCAUAACCUUGCUAGCUUGAGCUUUGCACAUGUUGAUUACAUGAACUAGUUGCUUGUGCAGAAAUGUUGAUCUCUCACUGGCUUCCCGCCUGCAAAUCGCUGCCUUUUGAGCUCUUCCUGAUCUCUGUACACGUCUUUCUACGCCUGCAUUACUUGAGCCAUCGCAAUACAUGACGAGCUGCCUCUCACUGCCAAGAGCCACCAGUGUUCGCGUAUAGUCGCGUGGUGCGUCAACAGCGCCACAUGCGGCUAACACACCGGUGCGCCCACAGUUAAUCAGCGGCCAGCAAUGAUCACAUUAAGAUGUCUAGAAAUAUAUGCGCCGAGCUGAUGUUUGAGCUGGUGACCAGAUUGGUUGGUCUCAAGUCAAGUUAAUAAGGGCACAAAGAAAAGCAAGGAGCAAGUGUGGCACACGGACGGGCUGAGGAUUUGCCAUUAAUUAAACGUCUCUGAUCAUGGUAGGGAAAGCAGAAAGGCAAACACAAACAAACCACCCCACCUACCACAAUUACGAAAAUACACAAUAGACAAGAGCUGGCACAAAACUGAGUAUCACAAAAGCUUGUAAGAGACGCAUUAGGAGGAAAUGUCAGUGUGACAUGAAUGUGGGGAAACUUGUGAGAGAGGCCCAUUGAUACAAAAAAGCAAGACACCCUGAAAUUGAGCUCUCUUGUUCAGAAGAGCAGGAAGCCAUUGGGGGAAAAAACACACACAGUGGAAUAUCUAGAAGGAGUUGUCAACAAGAGACAGAACAGCGGCCUCACUGUGGUCUUUAUUCACGAAUCCCAGAGAAACGUGAGGAAGAGCUUGGGUGCCGCAACCAAGUCCACAGCGGCACAGAAGAGAUAGAAAAGGAAGUUAGUGUCAACAGUUGAUAAGAAGCUUUGAAUUAUGUCACAUGAUGUCACUUAGAUGUCACAAUGUCGGCGGUGCAGGGCACAUACACGCAUCCACAUACACACACACACACACACACACAAACUCCUCCAUUCAAUUGCUUCAUGUUGCUAAAAUACUGUUACCGAGAGGAGUGGAGACUAUUGAUCUUUGAUGCAUAGUGCAACGCAUAUGUAGAUCUAUAGAUUCCGUGGCUCCUCUGUGGAAAUCUGCUCUCUCCAAUAAGCACUGGAACAUUUUCACAGCUCCUGGUGUUUAUUUAUUUAUUUAUUUAUUUAUUUCACGCUCUGAAUCCUAUUUAAGAUGUGAACCCUGGAUUGAUAUUUGCUAUCGGUCUGCAUCGGGAAAACGGAGGUGUAAAUAUUCAUUUCUUGGUGGGGAAGCUGAAAAGAAGGCCAAUUAAUAAGUGAAGGUAAAAUGCAGCGAACGCUACUCUUCAUUAGAGGAAUGACGGGGCAGCGUUAUUGUAAUCGGAGCGAGGGACAUGUACAAUUCACUGGAAGGACACUAAAGGGCUCGAACACAAGUUACAUUUCUCUCUGACUUCGCAUCACUUUCUUUUCCAUCUUUUAAUUGUCGCUGGAUUUGACGGCAUUGUAAACAUUACAGCCAAUGAAUCCCUCCGAUCAAACGAAUCCGCAGUUCACUACUCCCUCACAGGGGUUCUCGUCACUCAUGUUUACGACUUUGUAUAGCAUCGCUCUUUACGCGCAGUGUUUUCACCGACUCGGAGCUGCCUACUAACGCAUACGGCGACACAGGAGACGCAGUGUUUUAUUGUCCAGUAACGAUCAACAUCUGUUUUUAAUAGCGUUUGCUCCUAUAGUGUACUUUAUAUGUAUGUAUGUAUGAUUUUUUUUUUUUUUUUAUAUAUACCAUGAGUCCAUUUGGAAUUAACGGAAGGAUUUGAGUCACAGCAGAUGUGAAUAGUCCUCUGCUUAUUGAUCUCUUAUAUGGUCCAGAGCCAAGGGAUUUCCCCGUUACUUUUGAAGAAUCAAUAAGCUAUUCGCGGCAUAACUACUAUCCAUUAGCAAGCAUAUCCUUUUAUAGAAUAACUCAUCGAUUAACUCAUUUUGGUGUUAAUCACACAUAAAAUACAAAGUUAAACGAGAUCUAAUUUUCUAUUUUUGAUGUCCAGACCAGUUUGUGGUAUUUAAGCAUAUGUGUAUAAGGAAUCAUAUGGCCCCCGACACUGCAUUUAUGUGUGACUAGUAAAGCAUAUUUUCUAUGGUAGAACCCACCUCCCACUAUUGUUUGCACAGUAGCUUAUAAUAUGCACCGUGAUGCCCCAUCGUACUUUUACUGUUUACUGACUUUAUAAUUUGUGAAACUGAGUUAUGAAAAAGCUGUAUUUUGGUACUAUUCUAAUAUUGUUAAAAAAAAAAAAAAGAAAUAUAGCAGACGUUUUGUCAAAGAAAUAUAUUACCAUAGUGUUGCUAUGACUGUCUGUUUUCCUUAUUUUGGGGGAGGGAUGAUAGGGAUAUUUUUUUGUUCCUCUUUUGUUGUUGAUUUGCCAUCUGACAGUAUAUCACCAUUGUUCUAUAUACGACUUUCUUACGUGGCAAUAAAAGAUGACUUCUGUAAA